CAUUUUUGUAAAUAAUUUUUUAAUUCCCCACCAAAAAUAAAAAAAAGAAAAAGUUGUUGAAUUACUCUAACUGCUUUCUCCUCUCUAGUCUAAAUGAACUCAACCAUACUAUAAUAUAAAUGGCAAGUUCAGUUGCAACAUCAUCAUAAUUAGAAAAAUAAACACUAAAAAUGGUAUUAACCAAUAAUAUAAGUACAUCUUCUCAAACAAUGAAUUACUAUUUAAACACAAAUCCAAGGGUUUUCUCCAAUCUAGUUUAGAAAAUUGAGCUCAUAAUCUGAUAUAUUUCCUACCAGAAAGUAUCAGAAUGCAAGAAAGAACAGACAAUGACUAAAAUUAAAGCUUCCCAUCACUAUUUAUUGCCAUUUGUAUCAUUUGCUUCAUUUUAAGUAUUUCAUCACUCUUAAAUGCUUCACAUUCCUUUCCUCGAACCCUUCGAAAAUGGUGGUUCGUGCACUCGUUUAUGCUGUUCUUAUGAUCACUUCUGCAAUUUGCAAUUCAGGAAAUGCACAGACUACAGGGCAAAUUCUCACAAAAGCAUUGUCAUGCUUCAGUCCCAACAAUGUUUAUAGUAGUUGCGGUGAAGAAUACAGACUUACUCAGAGUGGAUACCUGAAUAUACCUGCUCCUGCAACGAAUCAGUUCUGCUAUGGACCUUGUUUGGCGGAAACACACCGUGUUCUUGAUUGUGUCGACCAUUCGUUGUCUAACUUUAUAUUCUACAACAAAGCCACAGUUAAUGACAUUCGGACAACACUUCAAGCAGCCUGCGGCCAUACACAUGAAAGAGGUAAUUUCAAUGUGGAAGAAUACAUGCAGGACUAUUUGCAGGAGGAAUGGAGCAGCGCAAAUAAAACUCCUCUACCAAACAAUUUUUUUACCUUGAUUUUCGCUUUCUCAGUACUAAUUUUGAUGAUCAAAGCUCUGUAAUGUCAAUUCUAUCUGGCAGGAAAACAAAUAAUAUUAGUUGGAAAAGGCAAGAUGUAAGCAAACAGCACCAAACUUUCUUCUCUAUAUAUUCAUUUCAUCAGAGAAGCAACCUAUGUUAUACUACUAUGAGCUUUAUGUAAACAGCAUAUUAUACCCACAUAAUAUCGUUUGUCUCGCACAAAAUAUUGUUAAGGGCAUAUCAGUUAUCUUGCGAACUAUUAUACAAGUUCACAGAUCACAAGCAAAAACAAUAACAGAUUUCUGAACUGAUAAAAACAGGCAAAAGUGUUAAAUUAGGCUGGACUUAUUGUGAAUGCCAGCAUAUUAACGGGGGGACGCAAGUGCACACACUUCAUAAGCCAAGGAGAUAUAUACCAUCCCAAAACCAUAUGGCAAUGGGAAGAAGGUCUCUAAUAGCUUAUAAAGCGUGUACACCAUUUUCAAUUUAUCGAUGUGGGAUAACUCAUCCCAACAAAAAGACACACAUAAAUAUACAGUGAGAAUCAGAAUUCAUAAACUGUGAAAGGAACUUUAGUAUGUACCUCUAUGAUUGAAUGGCGCCGAAAGGCUUGAGCUAAAAGCUAAAAGCUAUCAGAAGCAGACUACAUGAUAACAUAGCUCCUGGAAACAGAUUUUCUCACCAUAUAGAUACAUUAGAGGAUCAGAAGAAAGGAUUUAACCUGCAAAUCAGUUACGGAUUUACAGAAAUAUUGGGA